UCUGAAAAACACAGACAUAACAGCAGGAGUGAUCUAAACCUUCUACACGCAAACAUUUCACCGAAAUCACUGCUGAGCAGACACAAAGAUCCGCGUUAGAUUCAUUUUAAAGUGGAUUUCCGUAAUCAGCUAUGGAAGAACUCACGGCGUUCGUGUCGAAAUCCUUCGAUCAGAAAAGCAAGGAGACCAGCAAAGAAAGCAUCACGUACAGGGAAGUUUUGGAGAGUGGUUUAGCCCGAGCUAGAGAGCUGGGAAACUCGGAGACCAACCUUCAGGAGAUUACAGAAACCAACAACAACCAUUGUCCAGUACACCUUUACAAGGAGCACGUAGACCUGGAAAAGGAGAAAUUGAAGGAGUUUAACGUGACACGGGCUGCUGACGGAAUUUACGACUGCAAAGACAAGAAGGAGGAUGUGAAAUCAGAGGACGAGGACGCACAGAGUAAACUGAAGCAGAGACGGAGCAGGACAAAUUUUACCUUAGAGCAGCUGAAUGAACUGGAGCGCUUAUUUGAUGAGACGCAUUACCCGGACGCCUUCAUGCGGGAGGAGUUGAGUCAGAGACUGGGGCUGUCUGAGGCCCGCGUGCAGGUAUGGUUUCAGAACAGAAGAGCGAAAUGCCGAAAACAGGAAAAUCAAAUGCACAAAGGUGUUAUUUUGGGCACCGCGAGUCACCUGGACGCGUGCAGGGUAGCUCCUUACGUCAAUAUGGGCGCACUCCGAAUGCCAUUUCAACAGGUCCAAGCUCAGCUACAGUUGGAGGGGGUCGGAACACACACCCAUCCUCAUCUGCACCCACACCUCGCGGCCCACGCUCCCUAUCUGAUGUUCCCGCCCCCGCCCUUUGGAUUACCGAUCGCGUCGCUGGCAGACUCGGCCUCUGCGGCGGCCGCCGUGGUAGCGGCUGCCAAGAGCAAUAGCAAGAACUCCAGCAUCGCCGACCUGCGACUCAAGGCAGGACUUCUUGGAGGCCACUGGCUCAGCCCUUUCCAGGCACAGAUCACAGCCCCAGGACCAUACAAAAAUGUCUGGAUGUCUGUCUGAAAACCAGCGUUUAGGAGAGAAGACUUUUUUAAAAAACAAAAAAAGCAAAAGGCAGACACAGAGUGAGGCUAGAGGUUGUGUUUUUUUACGGACAGACACUGAAACUUUGGAAGCUCAACCUCAAAGUGAAAAGAAAGAGACGGCCAUAUUUGCCUCCUACCACUGUGCCGCUGCCUAGUGCACGUGCUCAAUUGAAGGAUAGACCUAUUGGGGCUGGCCUCCAUUGUAACUGACAUACAUCUAUGUUGAUCACUGCCAUGAUAACCCUCCACUACAAUUCAUACCUAAAGCCGUUAUUUGCUCAUUUUUGAUUUUUUCCUUCUUCUCUUUUUUUUGGUCACUCUGCUGUGGACAAAGACUGGAAACAGCAAUAACAUCAAUGGCACAAUCGCCUGGUUUUUAGCCGGAUUUCUUAUGAUUCUUUCUGUUUUAGGAGGAAAUGUUGCAUUGCUGUUAUUUUCCUUCUGGGCAUGUGUAUGGACUUUUAGCUUUCAUUCUCAUAUUUUGUGCUCUCUUUUUUAUGUGAUGUGUCCUGGAAUAGAAGUGAACCUAGCUUUUGCACUUCAGGUCUUGUAUUAAGGUGUUUACAAUCCUUAAUGGAAGAUGUACUACUUUUAUGUACGGGGGAAAAACAAAUUGGCUUUCGUUUCGCUGAAAUACAUUUAAAAUCCCCUUUUCUGUUUGUUUCAAAAAGGAUAAACAGUAACUUUGUAAUUUAACAUUUUAAGACACAUCAGUUUAACUGAAAUGCAAUUAUGUGCAGUUAAGUGCAAUACUGUAAAUAUGGAAAACGUAAUAUAGCGGUCGAUGUUUGCGAAUUAAACAAUGAUUUUUAACUUGUUGGGUUUUCGGCACUGACGUCGAUGUGUUGAAAGUUCUUUGCCGCAGACACAUCUUUAAAAGCUGUGUAGAAGGUAAUUUGCUGACUCAUUCGCAAUGUGCCAUAACUCCCCAAAGUUUAACGGUAUUCAAAUACACGAGCAUUUAAAGAGACACUGAUAUCACCUUUCGGAAAAAAAUCAUUUGACACUGUACAAAACUGCUCUAGGUUCAUGGGUCAUAAACAUAUGUUUUUUUAACAUAACAAUAAAUCCACCAAAGACAGCAAUUUGAUCACAUUAAUAGAGGUAGAAUUAUUUAAUGCUCCAAAAUCAUUUACAGUAUGACAUGCGUUUUAGCAACUGCAUACACUGUCCUCCCCUUCAAGCUGUUCCCUGAAAAUAUCAAAAUUGAAUACAUCACGCUCUAGAAAACAGUAUUAUUUCCGUAAGCGUACUAUGAAACAAAUCGCCAGUUCGGAGAUCGAUUGCCUUUGAACUACAGUAGUAGAUCUCGGUCAGGUCUACCUCGAACAAUAAUCGCUACAUUGUGGGCCGUUUUCGUUGUUCACCAUUACGGUUGUUUAGGAAUGUUUCUGUUUCUUUCAUUGGGGUCAUAGGUGCUUUUAUUUAUUAUUUGAUCUGAAAGUUUAUAAAUGUUAAAUAGUCGAAUAAUUUCAAGUGUACAUAUUUACAUGGCUUUGCAUUUAUUUUUAUAUAUUUUUUAAAUGUUAACAUUUGCAACAGUUUUAAGCAAACGUGUGACUGCAGUACAUUUGUUUGACUAAAAUGUAGCGUGUUUGAGUUUACAAACAUUUCAGGGAUGGUGGAUGAAACUUUGUGUUGAGAUUUUCUUGAUGCUCCAAGGAAUUUGUUGUAUCCCAUCAUAUUGCAUAUGCAAGCAUGCCCAAAACAUGAUUCGCCAUUGAGUUUUUUUCUGUUGUUUCACUUAAAAAAAAAGAAUGUACAUCUUGUACAAGUAAUCUAUCAAUAAAAGUUAUAAAUAUUUGUAAGAGAGUUUGUAAAACUUUGUGGCCCUCUGAAAUUUUAUGAAUAAAAGGAUGCUCUGCUUCAGAUA